UCAUGGUGAAAUACUCACAUUUACCCGAGUCACCCGCGGUGGAAAUUGCAACAUAUAAAAAUAAUAAUAGUAUGUAAUCCUCUUUUUUUACUAUAUGUCAUACAGCAGCAGCAACAACAACUUAAUUUUGUGUGCUACAGUUUUUGCUUUAGUUUUCUUUAUAUAACAAUGGAGGGGGACGAGUCAUUUUCGGACGACGACGAUUUCGUCCUAACGCAGAGGACGACGCCGAAGGUGGUUGAGAAAAAGGCGAAAUUAGUGAAAGCCGGUCCAUCUACGCCUGCUGCUAAAUCUAAACCUUACACCGGAAAGACGGCUACCAAACUCUCCCCUGAUUCUACCAAACAUUUGGCCGUGGAGACUACGAGAGCCGACAACUGUGCAGAAGGGGAAUUAAAUCCCCGUGGUACGAAGGAUAAGGAGAGAAGAAAGUCAGUCACCCCUGCAAGUAUUGCUCGUGAUGACCAAACUUUUCAAUCCGUCCCGUGGUCAUACAUUCUUGAUGAGGAGGAGAUGGAAGUGGAUGAAGAGAUGAGACCCAGGGAUGGGAGAGGGAUUAUUUAUAGAGAUAAGGAUUUGGCUGAAGAGUUCCAAGUGAAAUACAUGACUUUGUCGGAUACGAAACUUGGCACAACGGUCAAAGGUGAAGGGGUGGAUAAAAUCAGGAAGACGAUUAUGCGGUUAGUUGGGCUAGCUCUGAAUGAAACCACUUCGCCUGACCUCUAUGUUUUUGAAGCGUCCCCACAAGUUGUUUUGACCCAGGAGGAUGAGGGAUUGACCGCUGGACAGAGGGAGGCUCUCUUUCAGGAGAUCUUCCGCAGAGGAGGUCGUGUUGACGUUGAAGACAAACCGGGAUGGUUUUUAAUUAUUUAUAAGGCCCCCACCACCGGGUUAAUUCAUUUAUGUUUGGAGUCAGCUCACAAAACUAGAGGAGUACUGCUCUAUUCAGCUUCAAGGCUUUGUACAAAACCAAAGUGUUACCAAUACAACCAAACUCUCUCAAGUGAUGUCCUCCCCAAGUGUAUCAAACAUCAGUCAAGUCUCAUCUAUACCGUGAUGAAAGUAACUGAUUACAAUCGGAGGGACGUGUUGGUGUUUAUUCACAUGAAGUUCGCAAGCUCUGUAACAUCGAAUGCAUCCGAUGAGAAGAAAGAUGAAGAGACUGAAUUGAGUCUUAAUCAAUUAAGUGGCAGUUACAGGGGAUGGACAAAGUAUUGUGCCACGGAGGAUCUAAAAACUCGACCAAUCGCCAAAUCUAUUUCUAGACAGCAUUUUAACAACGAAGGCGAGGCUCUACGGAUGCUGUCAUUUGAAUCAACCAUUGGCAUGUUUAUGAAACUCGCCUCCGGAUCUAAACCCAUCAUCAAAUCCCCUUGUGUUACGGAAUGGAGAAUGAGAUCGAUGCGCGACUCAAGGAGUUGGGGAUGGAGCUCAAAGUUCGGCGCCACUUAACACUGACGGAGAGGAAUAAGGUCAAGUACCCAUUUCCGGGAGAGUAUCUUCUUGGAACAGCAGCAGCAGAACAACAAAAACCGGAGAAAGGGAAGACCUUUUUGUACACCAUCAUGAGUAGAGACAUGUGGUACUUUGGCUGGAGCAACACCCCCGAUUUCAAGAGUCGCUUAGACUUAACAGGGGGGACAGAUGGUGCUAGGCAGUACAAACGCAUCACAGAGAAGAGGCAGAAAGAUAGAGCGUUAGAGAUAGAUGGACUUAAACAGAGAGAUGGAGAGUUAGGUAGAGUAGAGGAGUUUAGUAUCUACCCACCCCCACUUAAGGCUCCUACUUUGACCCCCUACCUUGUCGCCAAAUGUGAGGAUGAUGAUAAGAAGACCAUCAAGACCAAAACAAUCGAAGCUAAGAUGAUAAUAGCUGGAUAUGUUGCUUAUUUGUUGGGAUUGCGUAAUCCUAUUCGUCCUAAUUCUGAUGUAGGCUAUUCUACCAAUAAGUGUGUUUUUAUUAGUUUAAUUGAUCAUAAUUCGUGGGGCGAGAUUUGUGAAUUUGUCAAGUUAUUCUGGGGGUUUGAACCAAUGUUGGGGAAAUAUGUGACAAAUUGAAUUAUGUUGAGAUUUUUUGUGUACGUAACAUGAAGAUGAAAUAGACU